GACGCUCUGUGCCGUUGCCGGUAUAACGUUCCCGGUGCCGGGGGCGGGGGCAGGUGGCGGCAGGUGCGUGCGCGGGGCCGGGCCGUUGACGGGAGGCGGGGCCGCGGGGCCGGUGCCCGCACGGGGCCGAGCGCUGCCGCCGCCGCUUACCGCUGCGCCAUGACCGGUACCGGUACCGGAGCCAUGGACCGGAUCCUGAUGGUGUUGUGCUUGGCGGUCACCGUAUCACCGGCACUUACCGGGGAACGGCUGCACGUCUGCAAGGAGUCCGAGUACCACUAUGAGUACACAGCGUGUGACAGCUCGGGGUCACGCUGGAGGGUGGCAGUGCCACACACCCCGGGGCUCUGCACCGGCCUGCCCGACCCCGUCAGGGGCACCGAGUGCUCUUUCUCCUGCAAGGCAGGGGAGUUCCUGGACAUGAAGGCUCAGGCUUGCAGACCCUGUGCAGAGGGCACCUACUCGCUGGGCACCGGCGUCCGCUUCGACGAGUGGGACGAGGUGCCCCACGGCUUCGCCAACGUGGCCACCAACCUGGAGGUGGAGGAUGGCUUUGGUGAUGCAGUGGAGAACUGCACAGGGUCAACGUGGGAGCCACUGGGGGACUAUGUGGCCUCCAACACCGACGAGUGCACAGCCACCCUCAUGUACGCAGUCAACCUGAAGCAGUCUGGCACCGUCUCCUUCGAGUACAUCUACCCCGACAGCAGCAUCGUCUUCGAGUUCUUCGUGCAGAACGAUCAGUGCCAGCCCACGGUGGAGGAGUCUCGCUGGAUGAGGACGACCGAGAAGGGUUGGGAGUUCCACAGCGUGGAGCUCAGCCGUGGUAACAAUGUGCUCUACUGGAGGACCACAGCCUUCUCCAUCUGGUCCAAGGUGCCCAAACCAGUGCUGGUGAGGAACAUUGGCAUCACAGGGGUGGCUUACACCUCCGAGUGCUUCCCCUGCAAACCUGGCACCUUCGCCCCCGCCGCCGGCUCCUCCGCCUGCCAGCUCUGCCCUGCUGAUACCUUCUCCAGCAAAGGAGCCACUGCCUGCCAGCCCUGUGAGCCUGACACCUAUGCUGAGCCUGGCUCAGCAUCCUGCCGCCCUCGGCCGCCCUGCACCGACAAGGAUUAUUUCUACACCCACACCGCCUGCGAUGCCCACGGCGAGACGCAGCUGAUGUUCAAGUGGGCAGAGCCCAAGAUCUGCAGCGAGGAGCUCCCGCAGGCGGCCAAGCUGCCCCCGUCGGGGGUGAAAUCCAAGUGCCCCCCCUGCAACCCAGGCUUCGCCAAGGGCAACGGCAGCGCCUGCCAGCCCUGUCCCUACGGCUCCUACUCCAACGGCUCCGGCUGCCUCAGCUGCCCGCUGGGCACGGAGCCGGUGCUGGGCUUGGAGUACAAGUGGUGGAACGUGCUGCCCCCCAACAUGGAGACCACCGUCCUCAGCGGCAUCAACUUCGAGUACAAGGGGAUGCCAGGCUGGGAGGUGGCCGGGGACUACAUCUACACAGGGGCAGGAGCUUCGGACAACGACUUCAUGAUCCUCACGCUGGUGGUCCCGGGCUUCAGCCCCCCAAGCCCACUGCUGGAGGACACAGAGAGCAAGGAGGUGGCCAGGAUCACCUUUGUCUUUGAGACCAUCUGCAGUGUCAGCUGUGAGCUCUACUUCAUGGUGGGCAUCAACUCCCGCACCAACACGCCGGUGGAGACCUGGACGGGUGCCAAGGGCAAGCAGUCCUACACCUACGUGGUGGAGAAGAAUGCAACCACCAGCUUCACCUGGGCCUUCCAGCGCACCCCCUACCACGAGGCGGGCCGGCGCUACACCAGUGACGUGGCCAAGCUCUACUCCAUCAACGUCACCAACGUGCUGGGGGGGGUGGCCUCAUUCUGCCGCCGCUGUGCCCCCGAGCCCGCCGGGUCCUGUGCCCCCUGUCCCCCCGGGAACGCCCUGGACCGCGCCUCGGGCACCUGCCGGCCCUGCCCGCCUGGCACCUACCUGCGAGCUCACCCCUCCGACGGGACCCCCACCUGCCACUUCUGUGGCCCUGGCACCCACAGCAACCAGCUGCGUUCCCUCUGCUACAACAACUGCAGCCUCUCGCUGCCGCUGCCGGGGCACCUCCUGCGCUUCGACUUCUCGGCGCUGGCCCCGGGCGCCGCCUUCGCCAGCGGCCCCAGCUUCACCGCCAAGGGCCUCAAGUACUUCCACCAGUUCAACAUCAGCCUCUGCGGGCACCAGGGCCGGAAGGUUGCGGUCUGCACCGACAAUGUGACGGACGCGCGGCUGCCCCCGGGCCAAGGGGACGCUGCCCGCCUGGUGACGGCCUACGUGUGCCAGGCCAUCGUGGUGCCACCCGACGUCAUGGGCUACAAGGUGGCCGUGUCCUCGCAGCCUGUCAGCCUGGCAGACCGCCUGCUGGGCGUCACCACCAGUCCCACACUGGAUGGCAUCACCUCCCCCCCCGAGCUCUUCCCCGCCGGCCACGCCAGCCUGCCCGACAUCAUCUUCUUCUACAGGUCCAACGACGUCACCCAGCCCUGCAGCGGCGGCCGGGCCACUGCCAUCCGCCUGCGCUGCGACCCUCUGCGCCCGGGCGCUGGCACCAUCACCGUGCCCAGCAAAUGCCCCGAGGGCACCUGCGACGGCUGCACCUUCCAUUUCCUGUGGGUGACAGGCGAGGCUUGUCCCCGCUGCUCCUCCAGCCACUACCGCCCCAUCGUUGGCGCCUGCCUCGGUGGCAUCCAGCGAACCACCUACGUGUGGCGGGAGCCCCGGCUGUGCCGCGGCGGGCAGAGUUUGCCACCCCAGGCGGUGCGGAGCUGCCGCAGCGCCGAUUUUUGGCUCAAGGUUGGCAUCUCGGCUGGCACCGCCGCCGCCGUCCUCCUCGCCGCCCUCGCCGCCUACUUCUGGAAGAAGAACCAAAAGUUGGAGUACAAAUACUCGAAGCUGGUGAUGAAUGCGGCGGCGAAGGAGUGCGAGCUGCCAGCGCCGGACAGCUGUGCCAUCAUGGAGGGGGAGGACGCCGAGGAUGACCUGCUCUUUGCCACCAAAAAGUCACUUUUUGGGAAAAUCAAGGCCCUGACGGCCAAGAGGACGCCGGAUGGUUUCGACUCAGUGCCACUGAAGACGUCCAGCAGCGCUGGCAUGGAGCUGUGA